CGAAGUCCCUUCAGCGAUUUUCCUAGACAAGGGACUUCAUCGUAAAAGCCAACAAACAAAAACCCGAGGCGCAGAUCCUAAUGGUUUGCAAGUUUCCGGAAGGAAGGAUGAUUCUAACUGAAGUUUGUCUAACUUUAUGACCCUUUAGGAAACGUCCAGGUUUUACGAAACUCAUCCCCGUGGACUUAGCAGACUAGAGGACUCGCCUCACAGAAAGCUCAGUACCAGGGGUUCAGGCGACCAAGGGGACGACCUCAGAUACAACCGCGACCACGCAAGGUGUUUGGAGCCGAAGGCUCGCCCAUUCCUCCACUGCGCCAACAGGCGGCGCAAGAGGGCGGUGGGAGUGUGCAUGCGCAGUUGGCGGACAUUUCCGCAGACAACGCUCACAGCCACCUCGGGUCUCUCGCGACAGCAUGAAGGCAGGCGAGGACGCCAGAGGAGCGCGCAGUGAGAAGCCGAAGAAGCUAGGUCUCUGCGUCCUCUGCGGACUGCCCGCAGCAGGAAAGUCGACCUUCGCGCGUGCCCUCAGCCACCGUCUACGGCAGGAGAGUAGCUGGGCCGUGGGCGUCGUCGCCUAUGAUGACGUCAUGCCGGACUCGUUCCUAGAGGAGCCAUCCCAGUGGAAAUCGCAUCGCCAGGAACUGUUGAAGUACCUUGAAUACUUCUUUCUGGCUGUCAUUAACGGGUGUCAGAUGUCUGCCCCGCCCAGCAGGACUGAAGCCAUGUGGGAGGAUUUUCUAACCUGCUUGAAGGAUCAAGAUCUGAUAUCUGCUUCAGCACUUGAGGCCCAGUCUCACUAUCUCGUAACGAAGACUGCUGUUUCCAGACCUCUGCUUUUGAUUUUAGACGACAACUUUUAUUAUCAAAGUAUGAGAUAUGAAGUCUAUCAGCUGGCUCGGAAAUAUUCAUUAGGCUUUUGCCAGCUCUUUUUAGAGUGUUCUCUCGAGACCUGUCUACAGAGGAAUGGCCAGAGACCACUUCCAGUGCCUGCCAAGACCAUCCACCUGAUGGGAAGCAAGAUAGAAAAGCCCAACCCUGAGAAAAAUGCUUGGGAACACAACAGCCUCACAAUUCAGAGCCCAGCGUGUACUUCAGAGGCCAGACUGAAACUGACUGAUUUACUGCUUACUGCUUUGGAAAAUCCAAUAAGAUACGUGGAGGAGAAUGUGGAACAAAAGGAAACAGACAGAAUUAUUUGUUCAACUAACAUUCUUCAUCAAGCUGAUCAGACCCUCCGAAGAAUUGUCUCUCAGACAAUGAAGGAAGCGAAAGGUGAACAGGUGUUUCCAUACAACUUGAAACUUCUAGCCGAAGAACUUAACAAGCUCAAAGCAGAGUUUUUGGAAGACCUAAGACAAGGAAACAAAAAAUACCUGUGCUUUCAACAAACCAUGGACUUAUCAGAUGUUAUUUCUUUUUUUCAUUAUGAGAAAGAUAACAUUGUACGGAAGUAUUUUUCAAAGCAGCAUUAAAACUUGAUUUCCAAUCAAAGCCAUUUUGGUUACGAUUUUGCAAACUAAUUUAAACAAUUCUGUAUUACUGGCUGUUUUCUAGGCCAAUGAUGUGCAUUGCCAAAGGGGGGGGGGGAAAUCAGUCCAUUCUAAAAGAUCCAUUUGUCAUAACAGAAACUACUUCAGUCAGUCACUUGUCAGAUGUGACAUGGAUAAUUAAGCAUCAGGAAGCAUGAAGCCUUCCUCAUUUAUGUGCCAAAACAGUUGGGGGGGCAGGGGUCACACCUUAAAUAAAGAGAAGAAAUUAGGAAGGAGACAAGAUGCUCAUUAUUGAACUGUUUUUGCUUUUAACUCAUGCAACACCUUCUCAUGGGUAAGGCACUCUACAAAUCCAAACCAAGGUAGCCAUAAAAUCAAAAAAAAUUAACAUUUUACACACUGGAAAAUUAUUUAAAAAACUAACUGGAUCCUAGUUUUCAAAAAAGAAAAAUCGAGGUCAUUAGAAAGUGUUAUUUUUUAUUCAUAUAUUACAAAAGCAAAGCUUCAUUCACAAUAUGAACUACAUACUAGAUAGAGUUAUUUCAGCAUUAAACUGCUUUCUGGAAUCCCUAAACAAUAGUGUGUUUUGCAACCAUACUCAAGUUUUAUGUUUUACAUACAAAAUACGUUCUUGACAUCAAAGUACAUAUUAACAAAACCAAGUUCUAGAAACCAUAUACCCUCUAAGACUACUUGAUGAAAAGUCCUUAGCAGGGAAUUUUUUAAAAAAUAAUACAUCCAUUUGAUAAAUAUUUUUGUAGAACUUAAAUGAGGUUUAUCUCUGAACAUUUUUUAGUAAUAUUCCCUUUGUCAAACAGUUCUGCAGAU